AUGUGGCGGGUGAGGAAACUGAGCCUGUCCCCAUCGACCCAGCCGGGAGAACCACCUGUGCGAACUCCUCUCCGAGAACUUAACCUGCAGCCCGAAGCUCUCACCAGCUCUGCGCAAGGGCCUGGGAUAUGCUACUCGCUGACCCCAUCGCUGUGCAAACUGGGGCUGCAGGAGGACGGCAACAACUCAUCUCCAUUAGAUUUUGAAAAUGUUAAGAUGAUAGACUCCCCAUUAGAACAAUUCAGCCAUCCCUCAAAGUGGCUAGAAGCUUGUCAACAUGAAUCAGAUGAGCAGCCCCUAAAUCUGAUUCCCCAAAACAACUCUACUCCCAAAACUUCUGAGGAAGCAGUAGACCCAGCGGAAAACAAUGUGGUUGAAACCAUGGUCCUUGUACCCUCUGCAGGAGGGCAGCAGCAAGACAUUACACUUGAGGCCCAUUUAAAUACCACAGCAGAGACAAACAGUUUUUCUCUGGAUGAGUCUUUGAGGCCAGAAGAUCUGCUGAGAAAGGGGGUGGAACCCUGCUUUUCAGAAGUUGUCCCUGCUAUGCCUGAGAAAAACAGCUUUUCAGAAGUUGUCCCUGCUAUGCCUGAGAAAGACAGCUUUUCAGAAGUUGUCCCUGCUAUGCCUGAGAAAGACAGCUUUUCAGAAGUUGUCCCUGCUAUGCCUGAGAAAGACAGCUUUUCAGAAGUUGUUCCUACUAUGCCUGAGAAACUGACAUUUCAGGAUCCUCCAGCCCAUCCGUUGGUGUGUCUACCAAAUCCCUGUUCUGAGCAACAGCUACACUGUUCCAAGGACAGCCUGCGGGACAGUGAACCUGAGGCUGCGCCUGAGGACUUGGUGUCUUCUGAAAGUAAUGCCAUCUUGCCUUCCUCCAUGCUCUGUCUUCCCCCUUCAACUGCCUUUCCAGCGGAUUUCCCUGUCAGUCAUGUGGACUCAGGGCAGGAAAUUGUAGAGCAGGGAGCUAUAGAGGAAAGAGAAGUGAGCUUUUCCACACUCCCGGAGGUGGCUGAACUGGGAGAUCAAACACUUGUCUCAAAUAUGCAAGAUAUCCCGUGCACAUGCCUGACCCCAAAUCCAGGAGAAAUGGAAUCCCAGCCAGCUCCGGGCCCAGCAGUAGAAGAGGCUGGUAGGAUUCCCAUCUCUGACACAGGGCCUUGGAUGUCCCCACUGGCCUGGCUGGAAAAAGGUGUGGAUACUUCAGUCAUGCUGGAAAAUCUCCGCCAGAGCUUAUCCCUUCCCGCUGUGCUUCAGGAUGCUGCAACCGGCACUACUCCUUUCUCUGCUUGCUCGGUGGGGACUUGGUUUACUCCGCCAGCACCACCACAGGAAAAGGGCACAAACACAUCCCGUACAGGCCUGGAGGGCACCAAGGACAGUACUUCGGAGAGGGAGCAUCUCCUGUGGGGGAACCACCCUCCAGACCUGACUGCCUUAUCUCGACACGACCUGGAAGAUAACUUGAGGAACUCUCUUGUCAUUCUGGAAGUUCUCUCUCGCCCGCUGCGGAAUUGGAAGAGCCAGCUGACUGCCCCUCACCCGGAAGUUCGCGAUAGUAGCACACAGACUGACACAACUGACACCUGCCGCAGUGGGAUAAAUAAGAAACUUGAGCUUCUUCAGGGAAACCGAGAGAUUGGACAGACUUUGCAGCAGACCAGGAACAUCAUGCAGUCAUGGGCUCUGGUCUCCAAAGAGCUGAUAUCCUUGCUUUACCUGUCUCUGUUGCACUUAGAAGAAGAUAAAACUACUGUGAGUCAGGAGUCCCGGCGUACAGAAACCUUGGUCUCCUGCUGUAUUGAUGUGCUGAAGAAAUUGAGGGCAAGGCUCCAGAGUCUCAAAACAGAAAGGGAGGAGGCAAAGCACGGAGAGGAAAUGGCCCUCAGAGGCAAGGAGGCGGCAGAGUCGGUGCUAGAGGCUUUCUGUGCACAUGCCAGUCAACGCAUCAGCCAGUUGCAACAGAACCUGGCAUCCAUGGGGGAAUUCAGAGGACUCUUGAAGGAGACCCAGACCCAACUGGUAGGUCUUCAUACUGAGCAGGAAGAGAUGGCUCAGGAGACAGCAAGUCUUAACUCCGUCUUGCAACAGGACUGGACGUCCAUGCAACAGGAUUAUACAACAUGGACAGCUUUGCUGAGCCGGUCUCGAGAACUCACAGAGAAGCUCACAGCCAAGAGCCGGCAGACCCUACAGGAACGCGAUGCUGCGGUUGAGGAAAAGCAGCAGGUUUCCAGGGAGCUGGAACAAGUCUCUGCCCAGUUAGAGGACUGCAAAGGCCAAAUAGAGCAACUGGAGUUGGAAAAUAGUCGCCUAGCAACAGAUCUCCGAGAUCAGCUACAGAUUCUGGCCAGCAUGCAGAGUCAGCUACAAGAGCUACAGAGUCAGCAUGCCCACUGUACCCAGGACCUGGCCAUGAAGGAUGAGUUGCUCUGCCAGCUUACCCAGAGCAAUGAGAAGCAGGCUACUCAAUGGCAAGAGGAAGAGAUGACACUAAAACACAUACAAGCAGAGCUGCAGCAACAACAUGCUGUCCUGGCUAAGGAGGUGCAGGACCUGAAGGAGACUCUGGAGUUUGCAGACCAAGAGAACCAGGUAGCUCAUUUGGAGCUGGGCCAGGUGGAGUGUCAGUUGAAAAGCACACUGGAAGUGCUCCGGGAGCGCAGCCUGCAGUGUGAGGACCUCAAGGACACCGUAGAGAACCUGAAGGCUAAACUGGCUAGCACCGUAGCAGAGAUCCAGGAGAAAGACCUGGAGAAGACACGCCAGUAUUCCCAAGAGCUAAGGGUGCUGACUGAGCAACUACAGAGCCUGACUUGCUUCCUCCACACAAAACUAAAGGACAAGGCUGAGCCAGAGAUCCUCCUGAAAAGCACAGCCUGUGCUUCUGCCCAGGAGCACCCUCCGUCCACCGACAGCACCUUCUUGGGAAGCAUCCUGACAGCAAUGGCAGACAAAGAGCCAGAACCAGCUCCUGUGGCCUUGCUUGGAAGUGACAAGAGUGCUUUCACCCGAGUUGCAUCAAUGGCUUCCCCUCAGCCUACAGAGGUCCCAGGCAUGGAGAAGAGCCUGGAAGAAAUGCAUACUAGGAUUCUAGAGCUUCAGAGCCUGUGUUCCCUGCUGCAAGAGUCUAAAGAAGAAGCUGUCAGGACUCUGCAGCGAAAGAUUUGUGAUUUACAGGCAAGGCUACAGGCCCAAGAAGAACAGCAUGAGGAAGCCCAGAAGGCAAAGGAAGCGGACAUAGAGAAGCUGAACCAGGCCUUGUGCUUGCGCUACAAGAAUGAAAAGGAGCUCCAGGAAGUGAUACAGCAGCAGAAUGAGAAGAUUUUAGAGCAGAUAGACAAGAGUGGCGAGCUCAUAAGCCUUAGAGAGGAGGUGACCCAGCUUACCCGCUCACUUCGGCGUGCGGAGACGGAGACCAAGGUGCUCCAAGAGACCCUGGCAGGCCAGCUGGAUCCCAACUGUCAGCCCAUGGCCACUAACUGGAUCCAGGAGAAAGUGUGGCUCUCCCAGGAGGUGGACAAACUGAGGGUGAUGUUCCUGGAGAUGAAAAAUGAGAAGGAAAAACUCAUGGUCAAGUUCCAGAGCCAUAGAAACAUUCUGGAGGAGAAUCUUCGGCGCUCUGACAAGGAAUUAAAGAAACUAGAUGACAUUGUUCAGCGUAUUUAUGAGACUCUGCUGUCCAUCCCAGAGGUUGUGAGGGGUUGCAAGGAGCUACAGGAAUUGCUGGAAUUUCUGAGCUAA